CUUCGCCCCCCGCCCCCUGCGCAGGCGCGGCGGCCGCGCAGCCCGCGGGGCGCCAUGGCGGGCGUGCUGGGCGGCAUGUUCCCCAGCCAGCCGCCGGGGCCGCCGCCGCCGCCGGGGCCUCCCGGUGGGCCCGGCCCGGCCGGCCUCAUCCCGCCUCCGACCGGGCCGCGCAAUCCCAACAACACGCUGGUGGACGAUCUGGAAGCGUCCUUCGAGGCCUGCUUCGCCUCGCUGGUGAGCCAGGACUACGUGAACGGCACGGACCAGGAGGAGAUCCGCACCGGUGUUGAUCAGUGCAUCCAGAAGUUUUUGGAUGUCGCAAGACAAACUGAAUGCUUUUUUCUACAAAAAAGACUGCAGCUAUCAGUCCAGAAACCAGAACAAGUAAUUAAAGAGGAUGUUUCAGAAUUAAGAAAUGAAUUGCAGAGAAAAGAAGCAUUAAUUCAGAAGCAUUUGGGUAAACUGCGACACUGGCAACAGGUCCUGGAAGAUAUCAGUGUACAGCACAAAAAGCCUGCAGAAAUGUCUCAAGGUCCAUUAGCUUACCUAGAACAAGCAUCUGCUAAUAUUCCAGCUCCAAUGAAGCAAACAUGAUCUUUGAUUUUACAUAUCUGAGUAUUUUCAACAGUGUAAAGCAGUUGUGUUCUUUUUACUUUGUAUGCUUUUUGUAUAAUGUCAUUUGUACUGCAAAUAUAAAUAGUUAAGACAAUUAAGCAAA